GGGCGGGGGUGCUGGGGGCGGGGGUUCCCCGGAUGUGACGUCACGACCGGUGACGGGAAGUGCCGUUUUGGCGCGAAACGAGCGCAAAUUCAGUUUCCCCGCGGGCGCGAAGCGUUCAUUGCUGAGAGUCGCCAUGGACAGCUUCAGUAUGCAGACCGUAAAGGACGAGGUGGAGAAAAUUUACCAAAGGAUAUUGUUCGCGGAAAAAACCAUUCCGGUGUUGAAGCAACGGAAUUUUCUCUCGACCAAGGAUUUAAACAUUGCAAUCACGUCGCUAUCUCGCAUGACGGUGGCCUACCACAAGACGAUGGCCAGGAUGCAUUGCCUCCAGUUCAACAUUGACCACCAGCAACAGAUUUUCUCCAGGCUGGGGUAUGUGAUCGAGUCACAUAUUAAGCGCAUCGAGCACUACGACGUGGCCAUCAAGGAUAUCAAGGAGAUCACGUCGCAGCUCAACGUCAAGUUCAAGGAGGACAUGAGGAACCUCUCCGACAUCCUCAGCAGCACUCGGGAAUACAACAUGCAAAGAAAUUUACAGUGCGAGGCGCAACGCUUGGAGAAGUUUAUUGAAGAGAGCUCCCUGAGAGUCUCGCAUCCGGCGGCGACGCAGAGCGAGGAGCCCGAGGAGAAUGAGGACUUCCUGCGCAGAAUGGAGACACAGCAAAUGGAGGCACGGCUGUUGAAAGAGAACCGCGCUGUCCAGAAUGCAAUGGAUUUGGGGAGCACUGAGGAGGAGCUGCACCAUGUCGUCAGGAUGGACCAACAGGUGUUGCAGACCUCCGUGUGAACGCGGGGUUUACCUCUUCAUCCAGGCGCGAGCGUCGGGAGAGGAGGCUGCUCGUAGCGGCAGCGGUGGACGCGGCGGUGGUGACGGGCAGAGAAGAUCCGGAGCUGAAGAUGUCUUGAGAUGUGUCAUCUCAUCGAGUCCUCUGCUUGUCUUGUUUUUACUGUUAAUUGUUACUCGUGUUCACUUCGUGGUGCAUAUUUGUUCAGGGAAAAAUAAAAACCACGGUCAUUUGA